GCGGCCAGGCUCUCCCUGGGUGUGGGGCAGAGGCGCUUUCAGGGCGUUGGAAGGCCGGGAAACUGCGCCCCGGGUUCGAAUCCCGACGCUGCCACUGCCCAAGCUGUGUGAUUUGGGGCCACACUCGGCCUCUCUGGGCCUCGGCUUUUGCUUCCGUGGGAUGGGGGAUCGCUGAUUGCCCCGCAGGAUGCUGAUGAGAAAUCAGUGGGCUCAGGCUCGGAAGGUGGAUGGAACCGAGCCACGCUGAGGUGGAACCGCUGUGCGCAUUGAUCACGACUGUGCUGUGGACGCGGCUUUAGGGCGCUCAUGACGCGUAACUUUUGCUUGAUUCUUAAGUGCCAGGCUCCAUCUACGAGAUCUCUGGGAAUGAGUGCUGCCUCUCCACGGGGGACCUGAUCAAGGUCACCCAGAUUCGCCUCCAGAAGGUGGUCUGCGAGAACCCGAGGACGGGCCAGACCAUGGAGCUCGCCCCCAACUUCCAGGGCUGCUUCAGUCCCCUCACGGGCCCCCAGAGCUAUGGAACCCUGGAGGAGCUGGUCUCUGCUGUAACCCACAGCUCCAAGAAGCUGCCCGUUUGCUUCCUGUCGACCCACAGAAUCACCACCGACACCAGGGUGGUGCCUGAGGACGAGCCCCUCAUGCUUGAGGCUGUGGAAACGCGCUUCGGGACCUGCUGUGCCCGCUGUGUGCUGGGUACAGGAGCCCAUCGGGUCAUUCUGCACCUGCCCCUGUCCCAGCAGGGGCCCUUCUGGGAAUGGAAGCCUGGUGCCCCUCGGACCCUGCUCCAAGCCCUGAAGGACCCAGCCAUGAGGGACCUCCUCCUCACCUGCCCCACCAUCCCCUGGCGUGCUCUGAUCCUGAGGCCCCAGUAUGAGCUCCAAGCCAUCAUGCACCUGCGCAGGACCAUCGUCAAGAUCCCCUCCAACCUGGAGGUCGACGUGGAAGAUAUCACUGCCACCUCUCAGCACGUCCACUUCAUCCAACCGCUGUUGCUGAGCGAGGUCCUGGCCCGAGGAGGACCCUUCCCCCUGCCCACAGAGAUUCUGGAAGUUCCAGAGGGGCCCCCCAUCUUCCUCAGUCCGUGGAUGGGCUCCUUGCAGAAAGGCGAGAGGCUCUGCAUCUAUGGCUUGGCCUCACCCCCUUGGCGGGUCCUGGUCUCAACCAAGGGCCGGAAGGUGCCCAGACACUUCAUGGUCUCAGGGGCCUACCAGGGCAAGCUGCGGCGGCGGCCAAGAGAGUUCUCCACGGCCUAUGACCUUCUGGGUGCUCUCCAGCCAGGCCGGCCACUCCGGGUGGUGGCCACGAAGGACUAUGAGGGCGAGGGAGUGGAGAACUCCGGGUUCGCUUCCCUGGCUGUGGGUGACAGGCUGGAGGUGUUGAGGUCUGGCCAGGCCCAUGGGGUUCAAGGCAGGGAUGUAGAUGUCUUGGUGUGUCAGCGGCUGAGUGACCAGACCAGGGAGGAAGAGGAGGAAGAGGAGGCGGAGGACCAAGAACAGGUUGUGCUGCCCCUCUACUUCUCCGGCGGCUUCGUGGAGGAGAUGAGCGAUGGCCGACGCUACAGCCUGGAGGAUUUGACUACCCAGUUCUCACUGCCCUGUGAGGUCAAGGUGGUGGCCAAGGAUACUAGCCACACUGCUGACCCUCUGCCCUCCUUCCCGGGCCUGCGGCUGGAGGAGAAGAUCACGGAACCCUUCUUGGUGGUCGGCCUGGACUCCAAGCCUGGGAUGUGCUUUGAGAUCCCUCCCCGGUGGCUGGACCUGACUAUUGUGGAGGCCGAGGGGCAGCCAGGCCCGCCAGCUGGGUCUCUCCCCGUAGCCACAGUGGAGGAGCUGACGGAGGCCUUCUACUACCACCUUCGGAAGUUACCCGCCUUUGAGAGCCAAACCCCCCCGCCCCGGCCCCCAAAACGUCAGGGCCUCAGCAAGCAGAAGCAGCCGAGCAGCAAGGAGAGAGGCAAUAAGUCUUCUCAAGUCUUAGAAAUGCAGCAACCCCCUCUGCUGCCCAAAGCCAAGAAGAAGACCUUACCAGAGGUUGCCAAAGAUAGGUCAAAUAUGUACAGCAAGAUUCCUGCCCACAAGAAGGGCCUCAGGCCCACCAAGCCCGAUAUACAGGCUCCAGAUGAUGAUGAACACGAUUACGAAGAAAUAGCUGAGCAAUUUCGGAACACCGUCUAGCUGCUGGAGGAACCACACUUCUUAACUGCUGCUCCUCAGGGAAUGCGAGAUACCAGCCAACUGUUACAAGCCUUUGCAAGACCUUGGACAAGGUCUCACAGAAAUCAGACUGCGGACAGGAAAUGGCUUUGUGGGGACUGAAAUGGGAUGGACACUGCACUAGCUUCCCUUAGGUUCUGUGUUCCUGCCACUGAGGGCUAGCCAAUCUUCUUCCUCCUCCCCCACCAAGGCUCUAAGCCUCUGAGAGACCAGGACUGUCUCCCCAGCUCUGUAGCACUCAGCACGAUAGCUGUAGGUGACUAUCUAAGAGUAUUUCACUCUAAAACCACAGAAUAAAAAUGACGUCUGAACUUCCGGAAAAAAUGAUAACAUAUUACUUAUCAAGUUCUGUCUGUGAGCCAGAACCUUUACAAACCCUAUCUACAUCCUCAACUCUCUGAGGUAGACACUGGCCUGAUUUUAAAGAUCAGAAAACAAGCGUGAGGGGGCCAGCCCCGUGGCUUAGCGGUUAAGUGCGCAUGCUCUGCUCCUGGCGGCCGGGGUUCAGAUCCUGGGCGCGCACUCACGCGCUGCUUGUCCGGCCAUGCUUAGGCCACGUCCCACAUACAGCAACUAGAAGGAUGUGCCGCUAUGACAUACAACUAUCUGCUGGGGCUUUGGGGAAAAAGAGGAAAAAAAAAGGAGGAUUGACAAUAGAUGUUAGCUCAGAGCCGGUCCUCCUCAGCAAGAGGAGGACUGGCAUGGAUGUUAGUUCAGGGCUGAUCUUCCUCACAAAAAAAAAAAAAAGAAAGAAAACAAGCGUGAGUGGUCAAGCGCUUCAGGAGGCAGACUAGUCAUGAGCCGGGGUUAGGCUCACCACCUAUGAGCUGACUAUGAGCAAGUUAUUUUAACCUAAGCUUCAGUUUCUUUACAUGUAAAAUGAAACUAACAGUCAUCUACCUCACAAGAUUGUUUUAAGGCUCAAAUAAGAUAAUCUUCGUAAAGCAUUUAGCAGAGUGCCUGGCACAUAAUGAACACUCAAGAAAAAAUGUAUAAUUAUUGUUGACUAAGAUCACGUAGCUGUGCCUGUCCUCUUGCCACACCCCCCCCGGCUCCUAGUCAUGCAAAUCACCCAGUGUUUGAAAUACACUAUGUUCCUAGACUGUGGAGACAGUGUACUGACUGGUUGGAGAGCCUUACCAUCCACUACCAUGGAGAUAAGAGAACAAGUACACGCCUGUGUCCACGCAGAGACUAACUCAGCUUCCAAGGUCUAGGCCUGUUCAGUGAGAUAAAACCACAGGCCUCAUUUCCUGAAAGUGGUGGUAGGUUCCUAGGCUGAUGCAGUCACAGAACUAAGCACCACAGCCAGAGGACAGGCAAUGGACAAAAAGAUGAUCUGAGUCUCCAGAUGAGGUAGGAGCUGAAAGAGGUCAAAUUUCCAGCUCCUAGAUUCCAGGCACUGCACCUGAGUGUGUCCUGCCUUUGCCUGCUAACGUGUCUCUGGCUAUCUGGCCCCCACUGCACCUCCCUGGCCUCCUGGCUUCCAUACCCCAGCAUGGAGUCUCCAGGUGACUACUGAGUGGCUACUACAGGCUGUUGAGCCAGUCCCCAGUAUCUAGUGCCUCAUCCUCAUCGUCCCACCAGUUCCCAGGCCUUCCUCCAGAGAGACCAUCUACGCUGCACAGGAAGACCCUGAGGAAGAGAGUACUCUGGAACAAACAAUAAGUGAGAAAGUGAGACAGAAAGUUCCUCCUUGGCACAGUACCCCUAGGGGCCAAGCCCACAUGCAAAAUGCCAGUAGUUUUCACUUCCAUGUUUGCACUUAACCUUGGCACCAAAUUAAGCAAGAUCACAAAAGUGGGGCAGAGGAGAGGGCUACCAGUUCCUACAGAAGGGGACUUCUGAGUGGCCAGAUGCUGCAAGGAGGAGAAAGAAAUUUCACAGCAAGGAAAGCUGGACUUAAAAGGAAAACAUGUUUAAAAACCACAAUUUUCUCAGAGCAAUGGAGGUUGGCAAAGAAUGGACCAAAGGCUUUUGUCGUCUUUACCUCUGCAAUAAGCCGCUGGGUGGUGGGGAGGGUGUUAUAAUGGGGCUAGGGACUCCCCCUGAGCAGUGGUCUCCAAAGUGAGCACACAAUCCUGGGAAUCCACACGAUGACCCACCGGGAAACAGAAAAGAAUUAUUAGUGUAUCCUUUCAUAUUUAUUUUUAAUAUCUUUUUUCAUUUCUAUUUUUGAAUAUAAUGUAUAUAACACACCAAUACAGUAAUAGAUGUAAAUAACUGAUAAAUGAUUGAAUAUAAACUGGGGAUGGAUGCUCAAAAAUUUAUUGAGUUUUGAAUUCCCUCAACUGCAUUUAUAAAACAAAUCUAUUAAUCUAGGUCAGACACUAAUCCUUAUUGGCCGUUCUCUAGUUAAACUCAAUAAAGUACUACUAUUUCCUAAGGAGCCUCAUUUCUCACCAGUAUACCCAGAAAAAGGUUCUCCUGGGAGCAGCCUGGACUCACUCCUUGACUGGGACACUAGGAGGUUUCUAAGAACUUGGGUCACAUCACUGUUCCUGCUGUCUUAACAACGUGCCAAGAGAACGCUGAAUACAUGACAUCCCAGGUGACCACAAACACCCAAAAUGCAAGUGCCUCCUGCUAGAGCAGGGUAGAAGCCCUACAAAGGCUGGAGUUUCAUUCUGCUGAGGAGUAGACUUCCUAUGCUCUGGAACAAGCAAUAAGCAAGAAAGUGAGACAGAAAGUUCCUCCUUGGCACAGGCCUCUGUAGUGCUCAGAAACCACACAACUCCUGUGAGACUGUGUAAAUGCUAAGAUAGCGGGGCAUUCAGUACCACUGGGCAGCUGCUCUGUUCUACCAGGAAUGCUGAACCAGCAAAUCCCGUGACAACAAUCUCUUAUUUUACUUUAUAUUCCUAGUUUUAUUUUACUCCUAUCUUUACUUUAUAUUCCUAGACCAAUGGGCUGACAAAGUAAGUAUUCAAUAAACACUUGUUGAACUAA